AGUUUAAAUCUCAUCUUUCGCUUGACUUCUCAUUUGUAACAAAUAAAAUAGUCCUAGAAAAUGUAAUUAAACUAUGUAAAUUGCACAAGAAUUCCCUCUCUUCUUUUUGUUUUAUUUUUGAGACAUAAGAUAAGUUUAUCAUGAGCUCAAAUCCAUGAGAUUAUUUGCUCCCAAAAAAUUCAAAAAAAAAAAAAAAGUAGUUGAAAAGAGAAAAAAGGAAAUGACAGACAAAGUAGGAUGAUGAUAUCAAUAUGGAAAACGAUGUAGUAGGAAGAAACUCAUGGAAAUAGUAUUCGCUUUAUGGGGAAGGUAACUGCCAAAACAACUCCUCUGUUCUUCCAAUCAAAACUCCUCUGUAUUUCUCUGUUGUAUCUCUUCACCACUCUUUUCCUUGCUCUCUACCAUUCUUUCUCCUCCACCAAAUGCCUCUUUAGAUCCUCUCCUUUUGAUCCAAUCCAAACGCCACUCUUUUCUUACCCUCCUUCCUAUGGAGAACACAAGUAUGCUAUCCCCACCGACCGCUCUUCUUGUUCCUCCCCUGUCUUCUUCUCUGAUUAUGGGAUGGUGGUGGAGGAGAUCCAUAAUUUGUGUAAGAAUUUUUCAGCAUUUUUACCGGCUCUGAGGUAUUUACAGGGGAAAGGUGACACUUUUGGUGGAUAUUUGAGUACCCUGAAGAGAAUUUCUUAUUUCAAUCAUUCCAAUAAUGGCAUUAAAGUCCCUUGUGGAUUUUUCAAAAAGUUUCCUGUUAGUAAUUCUGAUCGAGUUGCCAUGGAAAGCUGCAAUGGAGUUGUUGUAGUAUCUGCAAUCUUCAAUGAUCAUGACAAAAUCCGGCAACCAAUAGGUCUUGGAUCUAAAACCAUAGAUAGUGUAUGCUUCUUCAUGUUUAUAGAUGACAUAACCCUUAAAGGGCUUUAUUAUCACCAAGUAAUAACACAAGACUCACCUGACUACAAAGUCGGAGUCUGGAGAAUCGUUAAAGUUUCAUCGAAGAAAUUGUAUGAGAAUCCUGCAAUGAAUGGGGUGAUACCAAAAUACUUAGUUCAUAGACUUUUUCCGAACUCGAAAUUCAGCAUUUGGAUAGACGCGAAGGUUCAGCUUAUGGUUGAUCCAUUGUUGUUGAUACAUUCUCUUGUUGAGUCACCGACCGCGGACAUGGCUAUAUCAAAGCAUCCUUAUUAUAUUCAUACCAUGGAAGAAGCUAUGGCGACGGCAAGGUGGAAGAAAUGGUUGGAUGUUGAUGCUUUGACCAGGCAAAUGGAGACAUACUGUGAAAAUGGGUUGCAGCCAUGGACUUCCGAUAAGCUCCCCUAUACCACAGAUGUACCAGAUAGUGCAUUAAUCUUGAGGAAACAUGGAUUGGGAAGCAAUCUUUUCUCCUGCCUUUUGUUCAAUGAGUUGGAAGCAUUUAACCCUAGGGACCAACUGGGUUUUGCAUUCGUGAGAGAUCAAAUGAACCCAAAGCUGAAGUUGAACAUGUUUGAGGUGGAAGUUUUUGAGCAGAUUGUAGUGGAAUACAGGCACAACCUUAAAAAAUUGGGGAAUAUUGAAGCUAGGUCGUCUGCAGGGACCAGACCCAAAGGGAACAAAAGGGGCAGUCAUGAAAAUUUCUAUUUGAAUGGCAGCAGUUGCCAGAAGUAUCUUUUGGAAAUGUGGGGUGAAUCCCAUAGUUGAUUUUGUCCCUGACUAAGGGGUCAAAGAAUAUGAAAGGAAAAAAGAAAAGGUCAAAUAGAGGGAAAAAAUGGAAAAAAAACAAACCAAACGACAUUUCGCAGAGAAAAGCUGACAAACAUAACAGGUUGAAGGGGUAUCCAACUAUUUUAUUAAUGAUUUUUCGGCUGUGGCGGUGGUAUUAUUCUUUCGAAGCUUUUCAAUUCAAGUUUCAACCAAGGCAUUAAAAUAAAGAGUAAGUGGGUGGUGUUUUUCGGUCGAUGCUGCAAAUUGGUGUACCCUUUGAAGUCGCUGUGGAUUUACUGUUCACAAACAGCUUAAUUUCAGAAGUUAUUCAAGUAAUUAAUGAAGUUCCACAUAAAAAAUGGUUUGUUAAUUGUCCUUGGGAUUGGCCUCCACUCUUUUUUUUAUCAGUUCCUCUUUUCCUUUUUCAUUUUCUUGUAAAUUUAUAUU